AACUGGAUUUGCCUGUGCAAUUUAUGAAGCUGAGUUUUAAAUCUGGCAGCUCUUUGGCUACCCUCUGUGUUUUUGUGAAACCCCUCCCUGUGCCACUUUCCUUACAGUUGUUUUUAUUUCUUGUUGCAAGAUUUUUUUCUUCAUGUUUUUUCAGGAAAGAGGAAUCGAUACAACCCCUUCUCUAGGAGGAAGGUGGUUGGUUGGUCUGAUCUUAAGCAAUGUUAGAAGAUCUUUUUUGAUCCAAACCGGGUGUCUGGGCUGGAUUAAUUCCAGCCUGGGUCAAGCAAUUGAUCACAAGAUGUUUUUUCGGUUGGUUUGUUAUCUUGUGGUUGGGUGGCUGAUUUCUGGCUCAGAUGCAGAGAGCUGUCCAGAUCUUCCUCCAGUGGACAAUAGCAUAUUUGUUGCAGUGGAGGAAAAAGGACAAAUUCUGGGGACUUACUUUUGUUCUAAGGGCUACCACCUGGCAAAAGAGGGAACCGUUUUUUGCAAAGCCACUAAGGGAUGGAAUGCCUCCAAGGGAUGGAAUGCCUCCCCUCUCAAGUGCCGCUUGGGCCACUGUCCUGACCCUGUGCUGGCAAAUGGUGAGGUUAGUUCCCUGGGGCCUGUGAAUGUGAGUGACAAAAUCACGUUUAAGUGCCAUGAGAACUACAUCCUCAAGGGCAGCAAUUGGAGCCAGUGCGCAGAGGACCACACCUGGGUGCCUCCCCUUCCUGUCUGCAAAAGCAGAGACUGUGGCUAUCCUGAGUAUCCAGAUCAUGGCUAUUUUGAAGGAGACGAUUUCAACUCAGAAUCUACCAUUACUUAUUACUGUGAAGAGGGAUAUCGCUUGGUGGGCACACAAGAGUGGCAGUGCAUUGAUGGAGAGUGGAAGAGUAAAUUUCUGGUCUGUGACUUGAUCCAAAAAGCUUCCAAGCCAGCUUCACAGACUGCGUAUGAAAAGGCACUGCUUGCCUUUCAAGAGAGUAAAGACCUCUGCAAAGCCACAGAGAACUUUAUGCAAAGAUUAAAGGAAAAUGGCUUAACAAUGGUGGAAGUAAAAUAUCUUCUGGAAAUAAAGAAAGCUGAGUUGAAGGCAGAAUGUUUUCUUGACAUUCCAUCUGAGCAUACUGGGUAAUGGAAAUACACAUAUGAAUAAAUUUUCC